AUGGAUAGUAUGAACACUUUUUAUGCUCAUCAAACUACUCGACAAGAAGCACAAAACAUUUCAACCAGUAACUUACAAACACCACCUUUAACUUUACGAAGUUCUACACCAUCUUCAUUUGUAACUCGUAGGACCACAAGAUACAAUAAUGAUGAUUACAGUCAAGUUCUUGAAUUUAAAAUUCAAUUAAAACAUAUAAGAAUACCGGCAGUUUGGCGUCGUAUUCAAGUACCAUAUGAUUACACCUUUUUUCAUUUUCAUUUAGCAAUUCAAUGUUGCAUGGGAUGGCUUAAUUGUCAUAUGCAUAUAUUUCGUACACAAGAAGGUUUCGAAUAUGGUAACCCUCACAUUGAUAUAAAUUAUCUCGAUUUUCCAGAAGUACGAGAAGAAAAAACAAGCCUACUCAAAGAUUACUUUCAUAGUAAAGGACAAAUAAUGGAAUAUGAAUAUGAUUUAGGAGAUUCAUGGGAACAUAUUAUUACAUAUGAAGGUGUAUUUGAUCGUAAACAAAGUACUCAAUAUCCAAAAUGUUUGAGAGGUAGAGGUAAAUGCCCUCCUGAAGAUAUUGGUGGUUAUGAUGGUUUUGAAAGGUUUAAAGAAAUCAUAAAAGAUAAAAAUCAUCCUGAAUAUGAAGAAUUUAGUAAUUGGUAUGGUGAAAGCGAUGAUUAUGAUCCUAAUGAAUUUCAUAAAGAUUCUGCUUUUAAUAAUUUAGAACUUAUGCCCGAUUUUAGGGAUGUCAGUGAUUAUUGUUAG